UCUUCUGCAAAAGUCAUACUCCUCUUGAUUCACACCGUCUUCGUUUUUUUGUGGUUUCAGGCAAUGUCCUUGUGCUGCGUGGAAUUGCCAAAAACAGAACUCUAAACACAAUUUCUAGUCCUGUAGACGGAUGGGAUGGUAGCCUCUUUCAAAGGUUAAUUGGGAGGCGAUUCUGUGUGGAUUUACCGGCGAGGGAUUGGAGCUGGACUCCCCUCGCUUUGGAUUGGUGCGAAUUCCCCCAUGAUUUAUGCUAAUGGUGAGCAAUAACUUGGGGGAUUUUUUUUUUUGGUACUGUUGAAGCUUGGAGAGGGUUUUAGAAUUUUGGUUGUGAUUGGGAGUGUUUUUUAGAUUGAUCAAUUGGAUUGUGUUUGAUUUUGAAAAAAUAUAGUGUAAUUCAGUUUAAGUUUUCUGGUGAACUGGAAAUGGUUGCUAGGAGAAGUGGGGGAGGUGCAUCACCCUUCUUGUUGGUAUUAUUGGCUUUUAUUUUCUUCCUCGGGACGUAUAAUUUGCUGACUUUGGUGAUGAACAAGGCUAGUAGUGGUGGUAUAGGGGAUUUGAGUGAACCGAUUAUUAGUAGGCAUGAGGUCGGCCGAGGGGGUGGUCCGAAAUAUCAUGUUGUGUUGACAGCCACGGAUGGACCUUAUAGCCAAUGGCAAUGUCGGGUUAUGUACUAUUGGUACAAGAAAAUGAGAGACGUGCCGGGGUCAGAUAUGGGAGGGUUUACACGGGUUUUGCAUUCAGGAAAUGCUGAUAGUUUGAUGGAGGAGAUCCCUACUAUGGUUGUGGAUCCUCUUCCGGAAGGGCUCGAUCGGGGCUAUGUUGUUUUAAAUAGGCCUUGGGCGUUUGUGCAGUGGCUGGAGAAAGCUACAAUUGAGGAAGAAUACAUACUUAUGGCUGAGCCUGAUCACAUCUUUGUUAAUCCAUUGCCGAAUUUGGCUCAAGGAGAUCAUCCGGCUGCAGUCCCCUUUUUUUACAUCAAGCCAUCUGAUAAUGAGAAAAUCGUGAGGAAAUACUAUCCUGAAGAGAAAGGUCCUGUGACCGAUAUCGAUCCAAUUGGAAAUUCCCCUGUAAUUAUCAAGAAGUCAAUUAUGGAGAAGAUUGCACCUACAUGGAUGAAUGUGUCCUUAAGGAUGAAAGAUGAUCCUGAGACUGAUAAGGCGUUUGGCUGGGUUCUAGAAAUGUAUGGCUAUGCAAUUGCAUCUGCAUUGCAUGGAGUACGGCACAUUCUCCGCAAGGAUUUCAUGCUACAGCCUCCAUGGGAUACAGAAGUAGGCAAGAAGUUCAUCCUUCAUUAUACAUACGGAUGCGAUUACACCAUGAAGGGAAAGUUAACUUACGGUCAAGUCGGAGAAUGGAGAUUCGACAAGAGAUCCUACCUUGGUGGUCCUCCCCCAAGAGAUAUACCAUUACCUCCCCCGGGUGUUCCUGAAAGUGUGGUGAGGCUUGUCAAAGCUGUGAAUGAGGCAAGCGAAAACAUCCCCGGCUGGGACACAUUGUAGAUACGGAUAUCAUAUGCAUGCAUACACUCACCCGUACCUUUUGAUCAUUUGCGAACCAAGCUUUGAUGUGUGUGUGCGACUUAAUUUGUCGAGAAACUCCUUUUUUAUCCCCAGCCAGGCUUAAUUAUAUACAAAAAUACAAUUUAGAAAAAAAUAGUAAUAAUAAAAAUCCCUUGUUGUUGUAUUAAGCUCCCUUUGAGAACUCUACAUAUGGAAAACAACAAUUUUUAGUGCAAAUAUGUUCCUGUAUGAAUUCGACUCUUAUUUGUGUGCGUAUUUAUUUAUGUUAUGUGGAGAACAAAUUGAAUUUUUAGUCCUGCAUUAAUAGAACACACUCUUCUUGUUGGUGUUUUGGGCA